UUUAUCAUUUAUUACAAUAAUCCUGAAUCCACGUUAAUUUUUACUGGUUUCUGAUUUAUCAUGAUUUAUGGUUUUUUUGCAGUCUUUUUAUUAUUAUUAAGUACUGAUUGUUGUUAAGCCCGUGUUACUGUAUUUAAGGAUUUGAGGAGGGUGUAAAAGAUUUGAGCGAAAACGAACUGUACAUAUUUCUGAACAAAUUAUUAUUUUGUUCGAUUGUGCAAAAAUUAAUAAUUUUCUGCUCUAAUUUUAACUGCAUUCGAUUCGUGUUCAACAGUUCAUCCUUUGAAAUAAGGCCGUACAGCAUGUCAUAAUGUGUUAAACUUAAACGAGGUCGAUGAUGAAUUUCUUGCUUGAGGUGAACUUACAAUACUCGUACCAGCGUUCUCUGAUGAUUCCGAUUGCAAUAAUUAUUUAAUACGCCGUCGUAAGUACCAGUAAAUCGUACGCGAAGAGUUAAGUGUUUCCGGAUUGAACUAACAAUUGUCAUCACAAAUUUCGCCGUCAGGUUAUGUCUUCGCCUCUUCGGACUCGUUGUCGCAUUUGUGUGCGUUUGUUGCAGAAUACAGAUGCAGCUCUUGCGUUGCGGACAAUCUGAAAUUAGUGGGUAAUGGUGUUUCUGGCGCUGCUGAUUUUUUUAGCUGUAUGGUUUUAUCGAUUCCCUUCGUGCUUUAUUGCAGUUUGUGCUUUAUUGCAGUUUGCAGACGCUAAAGCGUACUGCUGUAUGGAUUAUUUGUUGUAUUUGUGGAUUUUUUUUGGGUUUUACGUGACGCGAGGUCUGAUUAAAUUUCGUUACAUCGACGCUGCAACGAAAUUCCCUGCAUCCCCUGUGCGAAAAUCACCAACUGGUGAGAAUGGCGAUCAUAUCCGCAAAUUGGCAUUUGGCAUGGUUUCGUACCCUGGGAUGUGUAAGCGCGAUCGUUUCCCCGAUAGUCAUCAAGUCACUCACACACCCUGACUCAUCCCGGUUCGGCCACGGUGCAUGGGAAAGUGACAAGAAAACGCUGGGAUACAACGCAGACGAAGGGUUGUGAACUUGUUAGGCUCGCUGGUCCAACAACCGGUCGGAGAUAAUUUGAGCCUGCUGUAACCCGUGGUACCAUGGUUAUUGCAAUGAGCGGCGGUCCGAUGGAAUGCAGAAAGACAACCGGCCGGUACGGCCACUGCCUUGCCAGCAGCGCGAACCAAUCAAAAUUGCGAAGCAACUCAACCAACCAUUGAGAAGCGGGAUAGCAAUGAAUCAUUGAGCCAGAAGUCCACCCAUUUUUUCCUUUCUGACCUGCCGUCAAAGCGUUUCCCAGCAUUCGCAGUUUUCAGCUUUCCUGUUUCUAACAUUUUGCAGUUUUCAGAUUUUGGUUUCCCGUUUUUUCGUUGCCUAUCGAAUUGUUUCUUAACGUUUUAAAUCUUACCUGUUUUUUUUUACGGUUUACACAGCUCAAAAUGAAUCGAAACUCUCCUCGCGGUAACCGAGGACGGUCGUUCAAUGGGCGCCGUUCUUCGAAUCAGACCCAGCCGAAAUCCGACGUGGAAGCGCGCCGGAUGACGCCGAGCGGUCAGGCGAAGCCCUCGUCGCCGUUCCUACAGCGGAACAGCGUCUUCAUUGGAAGACUGCCAUCCACUACCACAAAGGAACACAUCGUGUCAGCGGUGCGGGACAUCGCCAAUCCCGCCAAGGUCGAUGUUUAUGCAAACCAGCACUGCGGGUGGAACGGGGUGCGUCGCCGGCACGCUUUCCUGGAGUACGGGUCAUCAGCCGAAGCCCAGGAUGCGAUGAAUAAAUUGAUGUGCUGUAAGCUGGUGAUUAACGGAGCCGGAAACCUGCACAUUGGUCCGGCCUACCGGAAGAGCGUCUCGCCUGCCGGACAAGGAAAUUCGCCGGGAGCAUCGUCAACGGGACGCCGCAGCAACGCUGCUGCCCCACAGUCGCCGACGUCGACCGCGCAAGGAUUGGCUGGGGAAUCGGGUCCGUCCAGUUCGUCGAGUUCGGACAUUGGUUAUUACGCAUCGCCGGGUAGUUCAUCCAGCGGGAUUCCGACUAACUGCAGCUACUCCCCUCCCGCCCCUCCUCUGGUCAUGACCACGAUGCCCUUCCCGGUGAUGGGCGCCAACGGGCUGGUGCAUGUGCAGCAGUUGGUUUUGAACAGUUUCGGUUGCUGGGUUCCGGUCCCGGGUCUGACGGUCACCUACCAAUAUGAUGAAUAUAGAAGAAAUUUGGAGCAGUACGCCCAACCUGGAUACGGCACAGUAGCUCCGGUGCAGCCCUACUACGUAAACCAGUGGAACCCGGUUCAACAAGGUGGCGGUGGUGUUCCCGGCGGCAUGAGUUAUGGUGGCUUUUAUCAGCCUGCGCCUUUCCAGUGUGCGCCGCCGGCUGGUUUCGGCUACAACAUGCCGGUUUACGGUGUUCCCGUUGGGGCUUAUUAAUGGGUUUUGUUCCUCCCCGGUCAUGCUGCCGCGGUGUAUACACCGGUAUACCUUUGUAUUAUUUAUUGUUUCCAUCCUGUGCCAUAUGUCUCUUGCCGAAUUUUUGUAUUAAAAUGAAUCA